AAAAAAACCCACGCACCAUCUAGGGUUUUAUCGUCUUUGUCUAACUCUUACUCUCUCUCUAGAAGACCAAAAAAUCUUAACUAGUCGGCCAUAGUUCAUUCCUCGGAAGAAUUUAGGGUUUUGUUUGUUCAAGAGACGAAUUGCAAGAAAAUGUCAGAUUUCUUACCUCUUGAUGUGGUGAUCGAUAUCCUCACUAGACUACCGGUCAAAACCCUCAUCCGGUGUUCUUGUGUCUGCAAAUCAUUGUAUUCCUUGGUCACAAACCCUAGUUUCAUCACCAAACACCUCAACGCAAACAACAACAACAACAACAACAACCUUCUACUAAUUCGAAGGUGCUCUAGUGACCGUGAUGAAGAUGAGUAUGACGCCGAUGCCGAAGAGCACUACUCGGUACUACGUUGCGAAAACAAAAUCUUAUGUGAUUAUGCAGAGUUUGAGCUCCCAGUUUAUAGCUUUGACAACAAUUAUUUCAGAAUAGUGGGUAGCUGCAAUGGGGUUGUAUGCCUUUCCAAUGAUUUGGUCUUUUACAGGAACCAUAUUUACCUAUGGAACCCGUCCAUUCAAAAGACGAUGGCCCUUCCGCGCCCUCGUAUCACAUUUGGUAAACACGGUUGUCAUAUGCAUAGCAUUGGAUUUGGCUUCGAUUCCGUGACCGAUGACUACAAGGUUGUCAGGAUUGUGUAUCUGCUGAAAGUACUCGAUGGUUAUGUAACUCCUCCGGAGGUUGACAUUUUCAGUCUGAGCACAGGCAGAUGGCGGAACAUCAGCCAUUUAGGUCUUAAACAUCUCAUCCGCGAGUUGGCUCCCCAGGCUUUUCUGAAUGGGGCUGCACAUUGGCUUGCUGACAAUGGGUCAGAAAAGAGCCACUUGAUCGUGUCAUUCCACAUGGGUGAUGAGGUAUUUGGAGAAAUCAAGGUGCCCGAUGGCGCAGUUAAUACCCGCUGGACGCUAGGGGACCGUGUUGAUAAGUUUCAAGAAUCACUUUCUCUGAUCCAUAUGGAGGAUACUGGUGACAAAUUUGUUUGUUGCAUAUGGGUGAUGAAGGAGUAUGGCAUGCCAGAGUCUUGGACUCGACUGUUUAAUAUUAAUUUAAGUGGAGUAUUAGGCAAGCGCGUAGCUGGCUUUACUAGGAAUGGUCAAGUUCUAUUUGGGAAAAAAUCUGGGCAUCUCUUGGUUUAUGAUCCCGAAGCCAAAAAAGUAAGGCAUAUUCAUUUUCGUGGAUCAACAGAUUCAUGGGAUAUGGACUCAUUUUAUGCUGAUGUUUAUACUGAGAGCGUAGUUUUAGUCACUUGUAAGCAGUCACCUGAUUUGCUUGAAGAAACAAGAGAGGAAAAACAAUGCGGAGAAAACAGUGAAAACAUUUUUGAUUUGGCUUUCUUGUAUACUCUCCAGGCAUUGGAGAAAAAAAUGAAAAUAGGAGCAAAACCAAACAAGAAAGGGAAAGAAGAGGGGUGGAAAAUCAAAUUGAGGAAGCCAUUCAAGGUGAAGAACUGUUGAAAGACUGGAAGUGGACUCAAUCUUACAGUGCAGAUUCAACCACAUGAUCCUGUUAAGUGAAACGUCUUAUUGAAUUUGAAAUUGCAUGUUGUGAAGUUGAAUAAGAGGAUGACGUGGUCGAAUCAGCCAAUCAGGACCAUUGGAUUAAGCCAUGCGUAAAGCUUUUGUAAGAAGGAUCCUUUCCCGAGUGUAAUGGGACCCUGUACCACCAAGAUUAAUUGAGAUCCUCAACUAAUAGCAGAACCAAGAUUGAGAACCUCAACCAGAACACUCCAACAUUCAUGUAGGAGAGGAGCAUUAAGGCUGCAAGUAUGCAGUAAGCCCUACGAAGCUGCCAGAGCACCUUGCAAGAAUGCCAUGGAAAACUACAUUGUGAAAAACCAGUCUUUGUCUGCUCAAUUGGAGAAUUGUAAUUGCCAAGUUUCACUUAUUUGGAGACAUUUAUGCUCAUGUACAUUAACUGUUGAUUAAAUGUUUGUAUGGUCUAAUUUUUGAGGAAUUUGAUGUAAUAUGAGGAUUUUGGAUUGGUUAUGUUGUAUUUUGAUCAUUUAUGGACUCUUUGAGGCUGUUGUUUAUGUUUUUUGUGGUUUUGUAUCAUGAAUUUGGGAAUAGCAUGGAAUUGGGUAGUUGCUGGAAAUUGUGACAGGCCAAAAUGGAACGGUAUAUAUUUCUGAACAUGGUAGAAAAUUAUUUUGAGGUUAUUCUGUGAUCAGUUAUUUUAGGAUGUCGGCAUUUUUGUUUUAAGUUUGAUGAUAUUUGUAUAGACUUGCUAGUAUUAUCAAGAAACAGGUCAUAUUAAAGAUAUUAUUAACUCAAAUAACAAGACAAAAAAUGUCUAUGAUAUACUGAAAGGAAAAAAGAAAAAAAAGGAAGCAUGAAAAAUAAAAAAAAUAAAUUAACACCACUUACAUUGCAUCUUUCAUGCAAAAAAGGAAGC